UAAUUAUUGUACUGAUUAUUUAAUUUCAAAUGUUAUUAUUAAAACGAGUUCCCAUUUUCAUCUCCUCCGAAAAGAGCUGCGUAAAAUCUCCAGGCUUAUCUAAUCUGAUGAUCUAUAUACUCCAGAUACACUUGUAAUCAACAAGCUCGCUCCUUUAUUACCUUCGUCCUCAUUCAUCAUCGCCGGCGAAUCGAGAAAACUUUCCGGCAUGCAACUUCCGGCCGACGGCGCAAGGCUUGGCAGGGCUCCGGAGAAGCCGAGCUUCGCGCAGACUUGCAACCGGUUGAGCCAGUAUCUCAACGGGAAGGGUAAUUUCAGCGAUCUGGGUCUUCAAAUUCGCGGCAAAUUGGAAGCUGCAGGCUCCAAACAGAGUCAUGCGUUGGGAAAACCUGACGUGGCAGCUGCUCCGCCAACCAUCAACUUCCUGGGAAAAUCAAACCCCGCACCAGAAAUAGACUUGAAUUCCAGCGAUGUGGUCCUUGAACAUAACAGUGUGGACCAGGCCUCAAAAGAGGCCAACAAGACUGCGCCGCUGACUAUUUUCUACUCCGGCAAAGUUUUGGUCUUUGAUGAUUUCCCGGCCGACAAAGCCCGGGAAGUACUGUCGUUGGCGAGCAAAGUAAGCUCGCCGGCUGCUUGUGGUGUUUUCCCAACGGUUAGUCCUACACCACAAGCUCCUUUUCUCCUUUCAGGAUCCAACGUUUCAGGUCUUCCAAUUGCAAGAAGAUCAUCACUUCAUCGAUUCCUCGAGAAGAGGAAGGAUAGGUCCACUGCUAGAGCACCAUACCCGCUUCAACAUGGUCCAUUUCAUGUCGCAUAUUCUGAGGAUGUACUGGAUCUCAACUUCAAGUUGUAGUCGCUCCCUAUCAUCAGUAACAACACAACUUAUACGGGCCGACUUUUGAUUUGUUCUUCAGCCCCUUUUAUCAUCUUUUGAGUUGUGGAUGAAGAUUUAUGAAUUAUAUUAUACAUAACACUUCUGUUCUAUUUUCCAUCCCAACCAACUUGUGACGUGCUUAAUUGGGGUUUAACAUAUUUUCUUAUUGUAAAUAAUAGUAGCAAAUUAUAGGUCGCCCUGAUCCAUUUUUUUGUUAGACUAUCUCUACCUUGUUUUUCCCUUUAUGGAUCAUUGCCAUUAUAUUGUACGUCUUUUAUCCAUUUCCGUGAUAUAAGGUACUUCAUUUUCGGCAUUUAUGGUACAUAGUACAUUGAUGCAAUGCCUCAUUUCUAAUGC